AUGGAGUGGCAGAAUCUGGCGUUGGAAGCUACGACAGACGCCCGAUCCGAAAAAAUGGAGGUCGAAAACCCGCCGAUGCCCGCGGUGGAGCAGCCCGAGUAUGAAAUUCUGCGCGCAAUACUCCAAAGACCGAAAGCAACGUUGAUCCAGCGUCGGAAAGUCGAGGCGAGUCAGGAUCAAGAUAUUCCUGACUGCCCGCCCUCGGACAAGUCGCCGCCGGACAAGUCGCCACAUGGAUCCAUCACCUGCGCAUCGGAUCUGGACCUCACCUGGGACUCAGAUCAAGAUUAUGAUGAUUGUGUAUACUACCAUGAAGGAAGUGAUCUAUACGCAGAAGAUGUCGAUGGUCAGAUGGCGGUACUGCCAGAAGUGCCAGUGACGACGGAAGAUGUGAAGAUCGAGGACAUUCAGCUAUGUGGAUCGGAUAAUCAGACCCCAGAAAAAAUUGAUCGACUUCGCCAAAGGAUCUGGAAGUUCCGGCAUCUUUUGAUCGGCAAGGGAAAUGCCCUUCCGCCGCCGGCUAGAGGUGUGGUGUGCGAUAUCGAUGUCGGGGGAGCGCGACCUAUCGCCAUCAAAUGUCGUAAGUUGCAGACCCAGUUCAGGGAGAAGCUGGCGGACUUGAUCAAGGGUCUAUUGACUGCCAAGAUGAUCAGAGAUGAUCAACUACUCUAG